AUGCUAUAACAAGCAAACAAACAAACAAAUAAGCAUAUGAAUUUUAGUUUGUUUUGUUUUUUGUACAAGCAAAUAAAAAUGAAAGAAACACUUUUUGAAUUUAGUAAUGAAAAAAAACAUAAAAAUUUCUUUAAAUAAAUUGAAAAGUAGUUUUUGUUUGUUGUAAAUAAAUAUAGGAUAUUUACAUAAUACAUAUUCGAAUAUAUAUUUAUUUAUUUAUAAAUUAAUUGUCUUUUAUAAUAAAAACCUUCAUUCAAAUCUCCAUCCAGCAAUACUUUGAACUAUAUACACUUCCUUUAAAUAUUUAUUUGCACAAUCAUUUUUAUUUUAACAUUUUUAUUAAUUAUUUUUAACGAUUUUUCAUCCAAAAACGAACUUUCACCUUAGCAAAUAAAAAAUAAUAAUUAAGUUUUCAAAAUAUUUUUGAGAUAAAUUGAAAAGUAGUUUUAAUCUUGA